AUGCAGCUGAGCGUGAUCUGUCCAGAAACUAUCAAACCGACGGAGUGGUGCUUUUCUGAAAGGUGUGAGACUGCAUGGACAGCGUGUCCUGAUACAGCAAUAACUUCUUCCUCUACAAGUGCCGAGGACAAAAUCGGUGGGCACAUCUGCACCUCGGCCGCGUCGCUGUCCAAAACGCCCUUUGAGGAAUGCACCGCAUCAGAGUUGCAAAAAUAUUUUCUGGUGUUUACGAUGGAGCGUUUGACGAAUGAAAACAGCACACUGCACAAGCUGUCAAAAGGCGAAACUGUCACCCUCACUGAGGGUGAUGUCUCUACUGAUGAACCAGUCGAAUGUAAGUUACCAAGCUUCAAUAAACAUCAUGAGGGGCCUCAGGGAAGGUUAACAACGUUGGCUGAGGCUGCGAUGGCCGCCACAAAAGGCAACGCGGACGGCAGCGGCACGCUCACUGUGUGGGUGCGUGGCACGCUGCUGCUGCUGCUCAUGGCUGCUGUUGCCUGCACUGCUGGGGAGUGA